AUGGCUUUUGGAGUUCCGAUAUCAGUCUACAUUUUAUUCAAUGCAAUGACAGCAUUGACCGAGGAGGCAGCGGUGACGGCGUUCCCUCAAAUCACAGCCCAGCAAAGUAACUGGACAGCUAACAAAACAGAAGCUGACUACAUAGAGGGACCCAUUGCCCUGAAGUUUUCACAUCCUUGCCUGGAAGACCAUAAUAGUUACUGCAUCAAUGGUGUUUGUGCAUUCCACCAUGAGCUGGAAAAAGCCAUCUGCAGGUGUUUUACUGGCUAUACUGGAGAAAGAUGUGAGCAUUUGACUUUAACUUCAUAUGCUGUGGAUUCUUAUGAAAAAUACAUUGCAAUUGGGAUUGGCGUUGGAUUGUUAUUAAGUGGUUUUCUUGCUAUUUUUUACUGCUACAUAAAAAAGAGGUGUCUAAAAUUGAAAUCACCUUACAACAUUUGUUCUGGAGGAAGAUCGCUAUGAGACUUUUAUAAAAAGUCUUCACGAGGCAUUUAUAAAAAUCAGUGGGGUGAAAAGUGAGAACUUC